AUGUUAAGAAAAAAAGAUUUAACUUUUAUUCCCUUUAAGGAGAAUAGUAGAACUUCAAAUAAUUAGCUUAGAGGUGGAGGAUGUGGAUAAUCCAAAUAAAAAGGGAAAAAUAUCAAUGAAAUAACAAUGCCAGAGAGUGAAAUUCCUUCUGAUUUUUUGAAAAAUCUUAAUGACAAUGUUGAUAAAAUAAUUAAGAAGGCCUCUUUAAUAUUAGAUUAAGGAUAGAAGGUUGAAGUCUUAAUGGCAAUUCAAUGGAUUUUUAAUAAUCGGGAACAUUUAAAUACUUGUUGUAUUUCUAAUAAAUUAACAAUAUCUAUUUAUAAUUUAGUACUAAACAAUUUUGAAAAACUAUUAAAAAUCCUUCCAAUUUAUUUGAGGACUAAUUGGUAUCUCUGUUAUCAAGCGUUAUAAAUUUGCAAUGAAUUAGCUCGCAUAAUCUAUUCAUUUUAGCUAAAAAAUGAUAAAUGCGGAUUUAUAACUUCAAUGCUAAAUCGUGAUAGAAAUUUUGAAGUGGAAAAAUAAUAAGAAUACUUAAAUGAUCUUGAAGAAUUCAAAACUUAAUUAGAAAUUGAAAAAGCAAAUGUUUGGAAAUGUGGAAUUGAGUUUGAAUUAAAUCUAAUCAAAAUAAUGCUAAUUAACGCUAACACUAAUUCAUAGGAGGGGAAAGAAAUACUGAUUAAUAUUGUAAAAAAUAUUGGUUAAUCUAUUAUUUCAAUGUCAGCAACUGAUAAUUUGAUACCAAGUUUAAUUAAUGGAGCGAAAUUUUUACUUCUUAAAUUCAAAAAUAAAUUUUUGUAUCCUUUAGAAGUUUAUGCAACUUAUUAUUUAUUUUAAAUCAUUAAAUGGUCAAUAAUAAAACAGUUAAAAUCUAAAUAUUCUGUUUAUAAAUAAAUAAAACAAAUAAAAGAUACAUUUUAAGAAUAUAUUUUAUUAUCAGAUAAUUGGAUUUUGCAUUCAUGUUGGAUUAUGAUGAUUGCCGAUAUUUUAGCUUACAGACCAAUUAUUAAUAAAUAAUUAAUAAGCACAAAUCCUAUUGAAUAAUAUUAAAAAUGGAAUGAUUUAAUUGAAGCUGGAUUAAUUCAUUGUGUUUCUUAUAAUCCAAAUUAAGCCUAAAUUGUUUUAUUUGUAAAAUAAUAAUAAAGAAGUUUGAUUUGGAAAUAGUAAAUUUGUUAGAAGCUCAAGGCAAAAUAAAAUUGGAAUUAUUUUAAUCUUGUCUUUUAACUGGAGAGUUAGCAUAAAAUAUUAAUAUAUGGGAUUUCUAUAAGAAUUUCUCAUUUUAGAAAAACAAAUAAAUUCAAAAGAAGGAUUAUGAAAUUCUAUUAGUUAACAAUGAAUUAAAUAUUUUAGAAAGGUCAUAUGAGUAUUUGAAAUAGUCAAAGGAUGAACUCUGUGCUAUUUAAUUAUAAAUUUAAGAAUUAUUAAGUGAUGAAUUUUUAUAAUCGAAGCAAACAGAACUUUCAAACAAAUUAUAUUAAGAUGAAUUAUAAGUUCUUAUAAAACAAUUUAUCAAUUCAUAUAAAAAAGCAAUUUAUUAAAUUAGAAUCAUUUAGGAAUUCAUGUUUUUUGAAUAAUACAAAUUUAAUUUACUUAUUCCUUACUUUAAUUUUAUAAAAGAAGAACCAAAAUGUCAAUUGAUAUAGAUUCUGAAGUAAAUUCAAGAUACAUUCAAAUCACAGCUUGAAAAUUUUUAAGUGUCAUUUUUUAAAGAAUACAUAAAUGCUAUUGAAUAUGUUAGUUAAAUUUCAAUAACUAGUCUAAAUUUUAAACAAAUAGAAUAGAAGAAUCUACAUUAGAAUUGUUAAUUAUUUAAUAUCUAAAACUUGCAUGAUCUAUUUAAAGGUUUUUAAAAGUAAUUUGAUUAAUUUAUAAAAAAUAUAAGAAAUUUUACAAAUGAAUUUCUCAAAUAAAUCUCAGAGAUGAAUUAGAUUAGCAAUAUGAUUUAAUUUAAACGAUAGGAGAUAUUUGAAUUUUUGAUCUCAACUCGUUCUAUAAGUUGGAUUUAAAAAUUAAUAGAAAUCACUACAAAUUCUUUUUUGUAAAUAUUUAAGGAAUUUAAAGUUGUAAAUAAAUAGCAAAUUGAAUCUAUAUCAGAUGUAAAAUAAAAGUUGAUAGAUUGUAAAAGAGAAACAAUGAUUGCAAAGACUUUAAAAUAAAUAUUGCAAGCCUAAUUAUACAGACAAUAAAUCUUUAAAGAGAAAUUAAAUUUGGAGUAAAAACCAUUAAAAUAAUAAUUUGGGUAAUUGGAUUAAAAUUUCAUACAAAAUUUAAUAAAUCUAAUGAAAUAAGAAAAAGAAAAAAUUCAAAAUUCAAUUAAAAAUGAAGAAACAGAAGAAGAAGCAUAAAAUUUUGAUAUAAAAAUUAAAGAGAUUCUCAAAAUGAUUAAGAAUGAUUAUAUAAAAAUAUAGAAGGAUGAUUAAUGUAUUAAUAAUUAAACUAUUGAAAUAUAUUAGUGCGCUUUAAAUUUAAUAUCAAAAGCAUAAUUUAACUUAAUAAGCAUUUUGAAUUAAGCUAAUUAAAAGUAAUGCUUAACGAAAUUAAUUAAAAAAUAUGAUGAUUUUAUUAAUUCCAAUGAGAUAGAAUAUAGGAAGAAAUUAGAUACAGGUAAAACAGUAUUGUAAUAGACUGAUCACAAUAAAUCUAAUAAUACAUUUUCAAAUUUUUUUGAUUUUUAUUAGGAAAAGAUUAAUUCUAAUUUAGAAAUUAUUUAAGGUGCUUAUAUACAUUUAAAAUCUUACAAAUCAAUGAUAUAAAUUGGGUUAGAUAUGAUAUUAAAUUUAAAAGAAAAAAAUAUAGAUUUAAAUACUUAGAUAGCAAAGUUAAAAGUAAAGUGUAAUAAAAUGUUAAUAAAUUUUAAUGAAGAAGAUCUUAUAACAAAACUUAAGGUUAUAAAUGGAAAUAAUUAAGGUUUGGAAGUUUAGGGCCAAGAAGAGAUUUCAUUUACUUUGGAAAAUUUUAUUGCGCUUUCAGAUAUUUAAUCUUCCCAUGAGAAUUGUAAAUCUUAAACUGUAGAUGAAAUUUAUUUAACUAUUUUAAAGGAUUUAGAAUAAUAAUAAAUAGAAAUAAAAAUAUCGAUGUUAGGAAUUUUAGAUUUUAAAACUCCAUAUAAGGUGAAAGAAUUUUUAGCAUUUAAUUUAAUUCGACUUUAACAAAGUGUUUAAGAAGAUUGUAUUACUUAAUUUUCAUCCAAAUUUCUUUAAUAUUUAUGGAUAUUUGAAAAAGAUUAAAGAGUAGGAAAUAUAUUAAAAAAUAAGGAAUUGAUAGAAAUGCAAAAAUAGUUAUUUUCUUCAAAUUUACAAUCUUCAGCAGAUUAGAUUAAAUAAGAGAUGAAGUAAAGAAUAAAUAAUCUUGAAAAUUUGUAAUAAGAAAUUAGAUUAGAAGGAAAUUUAACAAUUAGGGAAAAGCUCUAAAAAAAAAUAGAAAUCGCGUAUGAAGAACUUGAUUAAUACGUAGACAAUUUGUCUGAAAUGUCUUAAAAGAUGGAGAUGAGUUUGUUAUUUCUCAAGGAUAUAUAAAAGGAUGUAAAAUAAAUAAAGACUUAAAUGGAAAAUUUACAAAAAAGUUUAAAUUAGAUAGGGGAUGAUAUAAGAAAGUUAAGAGGUAAGAAAUAUGAUGAAUUAUUGGAAAUAAGAAAAUAAAAGAUUCUAUAAUAAUCCAAGAUAUUAGAAAUAGAUUCUAUUUAUGUAUCAGUAAAAACAAUAGAAUUUGAUCCAAUAAGUGGUGAAAUUAAAAAAACGUAAAAAGGUCAAUAAAUAUCAUAAUUACUAGAUGACGUUUAGAAUAAUUUUGAUGGAGAAGUAAAUGAAUUUAUUUGGAGAGAGGAAAAGAAGGAUGUGAUGUUAUUAUCAGGUAAUGCUGGAUCUGGUAAGAGUAGAGCAGCUAGAAAGAUUGAAGAAUUUGUUUGGAGUUUACAUGGCAAAUCAUCAAAAUGGAUACCAAUUUAUGUAUCUCUUCCAAAUUUAAAAAAUCCAAAAUAUAAUUUAUUCGAAUAAGCAUUAGAAUCCGAUAAUUAUGGAUUUGAUAAACAUUAAAUAGAAGAGUUUAAGGAAGCAAUAUAAAAUAAAAAAGAAUUCAUUUUAAUGAUCUUGGAUAGUUAUGAUGAGAUGAAAUAGGAUUGUAUUUAAUAAAAUUUAAUAUUAACUAAUAAAUUUAAUUAAGAUCUAAAUAUCGAUAAAUUAUAAAGAUAACUUAAAGUAAUCAUUACUACUAGAAAAGAGAUAUUUACUGUUAUAGGAUAUUAAACAUGGUUUUAUGGGGAGAGUCUUGAAAGUUUGAAAGAAGUUUAAUUAUAAAAUUUUGACUAAGAUCAAAUAUAAGAGUAUUUAAGAAAAUAUGUUGAAUUAAGCGUUAGGAGAAAGAUAAAAUAAAUCUAUGAGUUUGUAAAGUAAGUGUAAAAUUCAACUUUUGAACUUUAAGAGUUUUAGGAAAUUUGGCAGCUAAUUGAGAAAUAAGUAAAAUGUGCAUCAGAAGAUAGCAGAGAUACAGAUGAAGUGAUUUUUAGAAAAUAAGAAUUAGAAAAUUUACUGCAAUAAGUUACAUCUCAUAAAGCUUUAAAAUAUUUAAAGGAAGAACAUAUAAUUUCCUUAAGAAAGGAUUUACAACCAUUAUGGAGCGUAAAAAAAUUUGAGAAGGCUAUAAAAAAUGUUGGUAUUUAAGAUCUUUUAACUACACCCUUCAUGUUAGAAAUAGUGGUGUAGGUUUUACCAAAUAUGACAAAAUAAUAUAAAGGAUCAAUAGAAAUAAGAAAUCUAUUUAUUUAAAACUAUAUAAAAAUAAUUAAAAAAUAGAAAUUAUCAGAGCAAUUAAGACUUAUAGAUGUUUAGAAUUAAGAUUUUUUAAAUUAAAAGGAAAAUAAUCAAAGUUAUUCAUAGUUAGAUAAUGAUUAAAAGUUGAAAUAAAAAGAUUAUGAAAAAAAUAAAUAAGAUAAUUCUGAAAAAGAUAAACAGAAGCUGAAAGAAGUUAUUGAUUAGUUGGAUAAGAGAAAUUUUUUUUCAUUUUAUUUAAUUACAAGCGUUUUAAUUUCGAAAAAUAAUUCAAUCUAUGUAGAUAACAUUUAAUUUGAUUUUGAUAUUAAUGAAGUUGAUAAUAUUAUCUAAGCAUUAAAAAUGUAAAAAUUUACUAUUUUUGAAUUUUAUGAAAGUUUCAUAAAAUUCUAUCAUUCUUAAUAAAUUCAAAAGUAGAGGGAAAAAGGUAAUUUUCCAAUUAAUGAAAGUUUUGAGUCAGAUGUCUACUAAUUUUCACAAUCUUUAGCUUUAGAUAUGACUAUUCGAGAUUUAUCUUAAGUAAAAUAUAAAUAAAAAGGAAAAUUAGAAUUAGUAAGUAAAUAUAAUAGUUUUAAAAAUGUUAUUGAUGAUAUUUGGCCAAAUUAAUAUUUUAGUGAUACUUUAGAUAAUAAGGAUUACAAUGCAGUAAUAAGAAGUUGCAUUCUUGUAAGUGCUAAAGGGAGUACUUAUUCAUUUAAUCAUAAAUCAAUUUAAGAAUUUUAUGUUGCAAAGUAUAUUUUGGAUUUACUUCUCUUUUUUGAUUGUGAAAUUUCAUUUGAAUCCUUAAAAAGAAUUGAAAAAGAGAACUAAAUUUUAAUUGGUUCUUUAUACAAUCAAAUUAAAUUAAACAUUUCAAAAGAAAGUUAUAUGGGAAUAUCAAAUUUUGUUAAAGACAAAUUAUAAAAUAUAGAUGGAAUAAAAAAUACAUUAAUUAACAUAGUUACACUUUCAAGAGAUGAGAAAUAUAAAUAUGCUGCAUCAAAUAGCAUUUAUUUAUUAAAUUAAUUAAAUGCUUAGUUAGAAUCAUAAGACUUAAGUUCAAUUUAAUUAUCAGACACCAAUAUUUCAGGAUUAAGUUUCUAUAAUAGUAAUUUAAGUAAUUCAAAGUUUGAGAAAGUAAAAAUUAAUUCGUGCAAUUUUAAUUGUGUUAAUCUUACUGAAGUAAAUUGGAAAGAAAUAAUUUGUAAAGAAAAACCUUGUUUGCAGGGACAUCAAUCAGAAGUUUAAAUUGCAUUAUUUUCACCUAAAGGUAAUUUGAUUGUUUCUGGUGAUAGAGAAUAUAAAUUAAAGCUUUGGGAUGUUGAUAAUCAUACUUAAGUGGCAUAAUUAAUAGGUCAUAAUAAUUAUAUUAAUUCUGUCUAAUUUACUUCUGAUAUUACUAGACUUAUUUCUUGCAGUGAUGAUGGCACAAUCAAGUUAUGGGAUCUCAGUAAUCCCUAAUAGCCAUAACUAAAAGUAACAAUCUAAAAUAAUAUCUCCAUUAAGCAAAUUGUGCUUUCUAAAGAUGAUAACAUGUUGAUUUCUAGAAGCAAUAAUAAUUUUAAUUUAUGGAACAUGCCAAAUCUUUAUUUAAAUUAGGAUACCAGAACUAUACAAGGAGAAAAUGAUGCUACCAAAAUAUUUACUUACUCUUAAGAUGAAUCAUUAAUUGCUAUUGGUAAAAAUGAUGCAACUAUUUUAAUAAUCAAUCUUAUGACAAAAAAGGAAUAAAAGUUAAUUGGCCAUAUAGGAAAUAUAGAAGCAUUAGCAUUGAGUCCUGAAGGAAACAUUUUAGCUUCUGCAUGUUCAAAUUUUAACUUAUUAGUAUGGGAUUUGUGUUCCUUUAAGUUAAUUCAAGUGCUUUUAUAUAAUUCAUUUAAAAUUAACCAGUUAGCUUUUAUUUAAAGUGAUAAAUCAAUAAUUGCAAAUAGUUAUAAUAGUUUAGCUUUAAUCGAAUUAGAAUAAUUAAAACCCUUUGAAGAAAUUUCAAUUAAUUAAUGUUCAGUAGUUUAUCUUUCAUAGUUUGAUGACAUUUGCAUUUUAGGAUAAGAUAAUUACAUAGCUAUUCUAGAUCUAAAUACAUUACAAAUUAUAAAUAGCUUUUAAUGUGAGUUUACAGUCGAAUCAAUAUCAAUAUCAAGUGAUUCUUUAUAACUAUCUACAUAAGGAUAAAAUAAAUUAAUAAUAUGGAGUUUGCAAACAUUACAAUAAAUGGUUAGUUUAGAAGACUAUAAGGUUAGUUAGGAUAGAUUUUAGUUGUCUUAGAAUUUUGAAUAUGGUGUUCAUUAUAAUAACAUGGAAACAAGAAUUUUUAAAAUUUAAAGGAUUGCUUAGACAUAUAAAUUAAAAUCGAAGUUAAUAUUAAACUAAAUUUAUAUAUAAGAUUUUAAAAUAAAUUUAAAUAAUGAAAUUUUAGCUUAUCAAAUAUACCAUGAGGAAAUAAUUCUUUUUAAUAUUAAUUAUAAAGAAGAAUUGGAUGUUUUAAAAUUAAGCAAAGAUUCAAUCAAAAGUUUUGUUUUUUCUCCUUCAGUAAAUAUUUUAGCAUCAGCUCAUGAUAGUAAAAAAAUCAUUUUAUGGAAUUUAGACAAUUAACCAUAUUCAAUGUUAGAAUUAGUUUCUUCUUAUUCAUAAUAUGAAUUGAAGGAUUUUAAAUAUUCUUAUGAUGGAUCAUUGUUGAUCAUUUUAGAUUCAACUUCAUCUAUAUAUAUUUGGAAUUCAUUUGAUGGUAAUCUAAAAUAUAAGAUAGAUGAAAAAUAUAGGAUAGAAAAAGAGAUAACUAUAUCAAUAAACAAUUAAUAUAUUGCAUUAAUAGAUAAUAAAUAAAAUGAUAAAAUAAUAAUUUGGAAUUUAUCCUUAAUGAAAGAAGAAAACUUAUUAAAAGAAGAAGCUCGUGAUGUAAAUCUAAUCAAGUACAUUCAUAACAAAAUGAGAUUAAUUUCUUUUAGUCAAGGAGCCAAAGUAAUUUUUUGGAAUGCAAUUGAAGGAAAUGUAGAAUAUUAAAUAAAUUGGGCUAGUGAAUAUAUUUCCUAAGUUUGUUUUUCAAAAAAUGGAAAUCUUAUGGCUUGGACUGAGAAAGAGAUGAUCUGUUUAUGGGAUUGUUCAAAAGUAGAAAUUGAAAUGAUAGGAUGUGAAAAAUUUUAAUCUGAAAUUCGUAGAUUGAAUUUCAUUGGUAAUUCUAAUAAUUUAAUUUAUUUAUUGGAGACACAAAUUAGCAUCCUUCCUCAAUAAUUGUUAAAUUCGGAAAAGAUAAUACAGUUGCAUCAAUAAUAAUCAAAAUCAUAACUGAGCUCCUUUUCUCAAAAUUAUUAGCUUUUGGCAAUUAUUUAAUCUUGCAAUAUCCAUAUAUUUUUGGUUUAAGGAUGGAAAUUCUAUAAAACUUUAGUUGGAGUUUCUGAAAUUCAAAGUAUAAUGUUUUUUUAUGAUGAGAAUCAACUCAUUUCCUCAAAUUCACAUGGAGAUUUAACCAUUUGGAAUGUUCAUUCUGGUUAAGUAAUGGUUACUUUUAAGACUUAUAAAAAUGCAAAAAAAUUAUAUCUUAUAAAUAAUGAUAAAAUUUUAGUGUUAGUUGGAGAAUAAAUAUCAUUUUGGAAUUUAGAAAAUAUUUCAAAUAUUAAAUUAUGUGGAUUAUAUUCAAAAUAAUUUGAUAAAUAUAUUGAUUUUAAAAUAAAAAUCUCACAUAAAAAAGAUUAAUUUUCCUUUAAUCCCACCUCUAGUAAAUUUAUAAUCAAAUAAUUGAAAGAAUAAUAAGAUAUAAGAUUUUAUUAACAUAAAGAUAAUAUUAAAAAAUUAGAAAUAUUUGAAUAAAAUUAAUAAUGUUUUAUUUGUGAUGAGAAUAACAAUCUCAUAAUAUUAUCUUUACAUAAUGAAGAUAUAUUUAUGAAAUUAAAAGAGUUUCCUAUUAAAGAUAUUUUAAGAUUUUUUUAGUUCGAAGAGAUAGCUAUUACCCCUAACUAGAAGCUACUAGCAAUAAAAAGUUUCUCUAACAUUUAGAUAAUUUAACUUUAGGAGAGAAAAAUAACCUGGUACCAGCCAUCAUCAUGUUCUUCGACAUAACAAUUUUUUUUUAAUAAAAAUGGAGAUAUGUUAAUUGAUGUGGUUGAUAAAUAAAUAACCCUUUAUUUACUUAAUAAAAAAUUUGAAUUAAAAAUCGAUUGGAUUAGGAAUUUUUCCAAUGAAGUUAAACUCACAAAAAUUUCAUAGAGUAACUCUUUUCUAUCAGUAUUGCUAAAUUCAGGUGAUCUUUUGAUAAUUAAUUUGAUUGAAAGACAAUAAAUCGCUGAAAUUAGCUGCAAUAACAUUUAAUAGAUUGCAAUAUCUCUAGAUGAUAAAUAUUUAUUUGUAAUAAAAGAAAAUUAUUUGAAAAAAUUUGAUAUAAAAGAAUUGUCUUUUAGUGAUAACAUAAAAUUAUCUUAAGAAAUAAGUUGUAUGGCUAUAAUAAGUAACAACUAAAUCUGCAUUGCUGAUAAAGAUUUUAUUUAUUUAAUAAAUUUGGAUUAAGAAUUAUAAUAAUCAAUAAAAAUUGAUAAUCCUUACGAAAGUACACAUUUAGCAUAUCAUCCUAAAUUGAAUUUAUUGUUUUCUUGUGGAAAAGAUAACAAGAUCUAUUAAUGGAAUAUUGAAGCAAAGAGAAAUAUUGGAAUAUUUGAAGGACAUCAAGGUUUGAUAAAUUCACUUAGUUUCUCAUCAGAUGGUUUAAUACUUGCUUCUUCUAGCGAUGAUAAAUUAAUAAAAUUAUGGAAUAUUGAAGCUAAUUCUUAAUUAGACUUAUAGUAAGGACAUUUAAAAAGUGUAAAUUAAUUAGCAAUAUCAAAGGAUAGUUUAAUAUUAGCUUCUGGAAGUUAAGAAUUUUAUAUAAUACUUUGGGAUUUACUAGAUAUAUAAUAUAUAAUAACAUUAGAAGGACAUAAUAGUAAUGUUAAUUGUUUGGAUUUUUCAUAUUGUUCAAAGUGGCUUGUAUCUGGAAGUGAAGAUGGUACAAUUAUAUUGUGGGAUGUAAGAAAUCUAAUUGAUACAAAAGUAUUACAUGUUGUUAAAGAAAUAUUUAGUUCAAUAAGAUAGGUAUAAUUUUCACCAAAUGGUAUGACAUUUGCAACUACAUCAACUUCUGUUGAGCAUAAUAUUCCAGAAAAUAAAAUUUAAUUUUGGAACUUAAAUAAUAUUGGAAUUUAAAACAUUUAUAUAAAACCAUAUAGAGAGAAAGUUUCAUUAACUUGUUUUACUCAAAAUGACGAAUUCAUUAUUUAAGGGCUUGAAAAUAAUAUUUAAACAUAUAGAUUAUCAACUGGCUAGUAUGAUUUAUUGAAUGGACACAAAAAUAAAAUAAUUUUAAUUGAUAGCUCAAAUGAUAAUACUAAAAUUGUUUCAAUAGAUGUAUAAUAAAAUAUGUUUUUAUGGAAAUAUAAUAAUAAUAAAUGGUAAAAAUAAUCUAUAUCACUAUUUGAACCUGCUAUUUAAAAAGUAAUAUUUUCGCCAUAAAAUACUAUAAUUGCAUCUUAAAAUGAAAAUUCAAUAACUUUAACAUAAGUAGAAGAACUUAAAUAAAUUGAAAACAUAGUUAAAUAUAAUUUAAAAACUGGUACAAUUAAAAGAUUGAUUUAAUCUUAAGAUGGCUCUAAAUUAUUGAUUUAAAGUAUUGAAAAUGUUAAUUGUAAACUAUUGAUAAUUGAUCUAAAAUAGGGAGAAAUAUAUAAAUAAUAUGAUGAUUUCUAGUUUGUUGAGUAAAUAAUUUAUCAAAUGAUGGCUAAUAUUUAGCCGCAAAGAAGGAUUUAGGAUCCUAAUAUUUAGCAGCAUAGACAAAUUUAGGAUCCGCAAUUGAUAUAUAUAGCAUAUCAGAUUUGAAGUGUUCUCUCUAAUAAUUUCAUCUUCUUCCGAAUCCUGUUUCUUUCCAAUUUAAAUAAAAUGAUUCAAAUUUAUUGUACGUAACACAAAAUACAAAAAACGAAGUAAUUAUUAAAAUUCUAAAUAUUUCUUAAAAUACUCAAGAAGAAAUUUUUUUCUAACAUGAAUCAUCAAUUUGGGAUAUGUUUUAUAUAUCAAGCAACUUAAAUUAUCUUGUGGCAAUUACAAAGGAUUCAAAUUUGCAUUUUAUAAGCACAAAUUAUAAGAAAUAGAAUAAUUCAGAAACUUCACUUCUAAUGAAUGAAACAAUUUAAUGUCACGCUUUUUCAUAGGAUGAUAAAUUUUUUAUGGUUUCAACUAAUUAUAAUUGGAUAUAUUUGUGGAAUAUUUUUGAUUAAAAAAAAUGUGAUGAAUUUGAAUGUUUCACUGGAAAAGAGAUCCUUUAUUUAGCAUUUUCUUUAGAUAAUCAAAUAAUUUGUUGUGAACAAACUCUAAUUUUUUUAAUUAAAAUACAAUAAGAUUAAAAAUUAAAAAUCAUUAGAUAAUUUUAAUUGCCAUAUAAAAUAAAUCAUUUCUCUUUUUCUCCUGAAAAUUUAUAAAUUUGUUUGAUCAAUAAUGAUUCUGCUGAAUUAUUGGUAGCUAAUUUGAUUGAAAGAUAAUAAAAAAUAUUAGUUGAAUCAAAUAUUAAUGAUUUUUGUUUCACUUUUGAUUUCUAAUAUAUUGCGGUAGUGACUAAAUCAUCUUUAUGUUUUUUUGAUGCCAAUAAUUAAAAAGAAUUAUCACGGGAUAAAAAUUGGUUUGGAUCUACAAUUUUAUUUUUGGGAAACAAUUAAUUAAUUUUAGGUUUUGAAAAUCUAUUUUAUGUUUUAGAAAUAUCAAAUCUUAAUCAGAUUAAAGAAAUAAAUUGUAUUGAACAUCUUACUUAUAUAACAUCUAUAUCAAUCUCUAAAGACUUAACUUAUUUAGCUUUAAAAAAUCAUAUUAGUUCGACUAUAAAAUUAUGGAACAUUAAAGAUGUUAAAAAAAUUUAUCUAGAAAAAAUUUAUAAAAAUAAUUGUUUUGAAAAUUAAAAAGUUUUAAUUUCUCAAGAUAACAAGUUCCUUAUUUUUAAUUAUAAUUAAAAUUUAUAAUUAAUCAAUAUUUAAGAAGAUUGCAAAUAAUUAUUUGCCAUUGACUUUAAAUAUUAAGAAGUGCAUGGGUUUUAAUAUUCUUCUGAUGGCAAGUAUUUCGCUAUCAUCAUCUAGGGAUAGCUAAAGUUAUAUAAUUCUGAAACAUAUUAAUAAAUAGAAUUAAUUUUCGAAGAAAAAAAAACGAAAGAAUUAGUAUUUUCUUUAAAAAAAAAUUUUUUAGCUUUGAAUUGUACAACAAAAGUAGUUUGCUUAUAAUUUGAGAAUGAAAUGAUUUUAAAGACAAAACAAUUGUAAAAUUUUAAUAAUGAAAUAUGUGCGAUAGCUAUAUCACCCUUUGGAGAUAAAUUGAUAAGCGGUGAACCUGAUUCAUCUAUAAGAUUAUGGGACAUAGAUAAAGAAUAUUGUUUGAGCUGGAUUUCUAAUUAGAAUGAUGAACCACUUGUGUUUGCAUUUUUCCCUUAUGGUAAAGCAUUUGUUGGAGGUAUUAAGGAUGGUUCAGUAAAUUUAUAUAGAAUAGAUUCAAAAAAUAAGAUCUAAAAGCAAAAUUAAAAAUAAAGGCAAAAUUAAUCACAAAUAGAAAAAUUGGAAGGCUAAAAUGAAGAACUAUAUUUCUCAUGUUGUAAAUCCUUUUCAAGAAAUUCUUUAAUAUUCGCUCAUAAUUGCAAAUUAUCUGAAUCAAAUAUUGACUAAUCGAUAUUAAGGUUAUUUUUACAAAAAGGAGCAAUCAAUUGA